UUCGAAAGACUGUGUGCGAAAUAAUUCCGAUUUAAUUACUCUGCCACCUAGCACACCCGGAAUGGCAAUGAACAGUGAAGCAUUGAUUGCGAAUAAUUUCACCACCCAGCGCUUUGUCCACACUUGCUCCCGAUAAACCGAAAUCGGGCGGGAUUAGCGGGGCAGGUGAUUAAGAUAUCGACAGGACACGACGCACAAUAAGCGGAGAUAAAACCUCCGAUACGAUGGACUGUGUUUUUCUUCUUCUCUUACAGCCAUUCGGUGUGUGAGUCAAGGAAGACUAGGGCGAGCGUUUAUCUGCUGCGAUUUUGCCAUUCCUCACUGCUGGUCUGAUUGAACGGGAGCGGACAGUCGGUUUUAUUCUUUUCAAAGCGGGGUAGUAUCAAUUUUAAGUGCAAAGGAUCGAAUUCGAAAGCUUCAAAAUGCGGUCUGGUCGCAGGGCGCUCAACAUGAUCAAGUAUCUGAUUCUGAUGCUAACGUUUAUGUGUGUCGUGAUCGAAAUCAUACAAAUCGUGGUCGGUGCCGUCCUGCAUCGACUGUUCGCGACGUACACCGUGUUCAUUGACAACGACUUUGUGCGUGCCACUCACUUCCUGAUAGCGGUCGGUAUCGUGCUAGUGUUUCUAUCGAUAUUUGGCUUUGCCGGUAUUAUUUUCGAAAAUGUGAUAAUGAUCUUUUUGUACUCGGGCAUGUUUGGUUUGAUGGUUAUACUUGAAAUCAUACUCGCGUCGGCCGCCUUUUCGAUGUACAACCGGGUGGACAGUAUGCUUACCCGCCGGAUGAACAUCGUAAUACAGCAGUUCUUCUCGGAUAGCUUUAUGCGGGCAAGCUUCAACCACAUGCAGAAUGAGAUGAACUGUUGCGGCAUUCAAUCGUACGCCGAUUGGGCCAACUUCCAUCCGGAGCGUGAUCUGCCCAACUCCUGCUGCCGGCGGGUGGAUGAUGGCUGUAUGCCGCACGAGCGUGGCUGCCAUGCGCCGAUGUCGGAUUUUAUUGGCUCGCGCAUCCACAUGAUCGCAACCGGUACGGUAAUUAUUAUCGUGUUUCAGGUGAUUUGUAUCGUUACGGCCAUCAUUAUGGGGGCGCGGCUGUCCAAGUACAAGCAGCAGCUGAGGGCGGCCAGUAUGAGCCCGGGCCCGGUGACGGCACCCGAGCCCAUCAUGACCGAGAAGCCGAAAUAUUGAUAGAUUGGAGGAGUUUUUGGUCUACCGGACAAGAGAGUAUGGGUUUUUUGUACGUUAUAAAUGUAGAAUGUAGCGGGAACAGAUGGGAAAAUAAAUAAA